AUGUCUCAACCUUCAGAACCUUCUUCUCCCCAGAAGACGUCCCCCAUCUCCGCUCCUGAAUCAAUUCCAAGAAAUGAACCUGUCAAACCUAAUCAGGUUCUUGUUGUUUCUCCCUUAAAAAUGGUGACUACUGAAGAUCUUGAUGUGAAGAAGGCUCACACCCCACAUGCAAGAAGAGCUAAAGAGAAUGUUCGUGGUAAGGGAACUAACCCUUCAUCUUCUACACCACAUGAAGAGUUGACUAAGAAAGGAUCUGAGUAUGUUCACAAUGCGAUUGCAAAGAUUGUUACUAGGAUCUUGGAUGAACAACAUCAGGUUCCUGGAAUAAUCGUUCCUUUGCAAUAUGUUAUUUCUAAAACCCCCCAGAACCCUGAACUCAAUGAAGAUACCAUAGGGAAGACUGCUGAUGAUGAUGGUGUUCACACAACUGGUGGUGAUGCUCACAUGGCUGAUGAUGAUGUACACAUUCCCAAUGAUGAUGUACAAAUGACUGAGGAGGAAGAGGAUGAUGUUGGAGUUCAAAAGAAUAAUGAUAAUGCUGAUGUUACUCUGGAUGUCACUAACAACACUGAAGAUGGACCUGAUGCUGAUGAAUGUAUAAAUGUUGUCAAUCUUGAUGAUUUGUCUGAUAGUGAUUUGGUGGCCAAUGCGAACCCUAGCAUAGCAAAACGCCUCAUGACAAGAAGAGGGAAGAAGGUUGUUGAUCAAAGUCCUCCCAAGAGGGAAGUUGUCCUUAAAAGCACCUCUGGCCCUAUCAAGAGGAAAGUUCCAAAGAGUACCUCAACUGGACCCAUCAGAAGUAAAUAUGUGUCCCAAUGUACCCGCAAUGGACCUUUUAAGAGUAAGGUUGUGCCUAAGAGCACCUCUGUUGACCCUACCAAAUCCUGGAGCAAGGUUGUUCCCAAGAAAAUGAAGGCUCAAGUUAUUGCAGAAUCAGAUUCUGAUGUUGCUAUGGAUUAUCAAGACACUCCAUUGAAGAAGAAACCAACCACUAGCAAGCUUGUUGCUAGUGUGCCUGAGGUACCUAUUGAUAAUGUCUCUUUUCACUAUCCUUCUAGUGCCAACAGGUGGAAGUAUGUGUACCAGAAGAGGAUGGCCUUGGAGAGGGAGUUGGCUCAGAAUGCCCUUGAGUGUAAGGAGAUCAUGGACCUGAUUAAUGAAGUUGGGUUAAUAAACAUUGUAACUCAUUUCUCUAAGUGUUAUGAGAUGCUGGUGAAGGAGUUUAUUGUGAAUCUAUCAGAAGACUGUGCUGAUAGAAAGUCAAAAGAUUUUAGGAAAGUGUGUCACAUUCUCCUCAACUGUUAUAAACAACUAUCUAGGAAGAUCUGA